AUGUAUGGCUGUGGCAUUUUCAUGAUUCCUGCCGCACAAUAUCAUUCCGAGAUGGAAGGCAUCACUCUGAGCAACGUGUAUGGCAAGUUAUUGGGAGUUUUUGCCUACGGGCUACUGGAGCUGGGAUCUUUCGUCGCGCUAGCCGUUGUUCUACGGCGAAACUGCGGUAUCAGUGCCCUUUAUCAACUCGGAUUCGUACUCGAGACGCAGAUGCCUCUGGUUCAGGCCAAAUUUCCACUCUGGGUCGUCAUGCUGCUGGCUUGUCGAGUGGCUCACUUCGGUGCGUUGGCACGCGCUGAGCAAAAUAUUCGAAAGAAAAGCUCAUGA